UAUUGUAGCAAGCUUGCCUCGUAUCCUUUAUGCAUUCUGAGAAAUAUUUCUAUUCCAGUGUGUUUGCCCUCCAGCCCAUGAAUAAACAAAGCUUUGUUCUGGGAUUAGGACAAACAGGGGCUGCGUCCUAAACCUGAUGAUACAGUAGAACAAGUUGUAAUGGAGUGAGGUGACACUGGACUGAUUUCUCUGCCUGAUCUCUGACUGUGGUUUGGGACAGAACCGAACUACAGGGAUUUUCUCCGGACUGAACGUUUUUCACACUGAGCAGAUUUUCAAUCUCGAUGUAAAGAAUUUCAGGGUCUUCGGCUCUGCAGUCAUGAGGAUCUCUUGAAGCCCAACUGAUUCAUGACUUCAGGCUGGAAUGAUAAGAUGUUUGUGGUGACGCUGCCAAGAUACUUGCAGCUCUGCAUCUCCCUGGCCAUCGUGUCCAGCAUUAAUGGCAGGGUGAUGGCUCCUCCACGGGUCGAGGCAACAUUGGAUAAACCAUUCACCCUGAGCUGCAUGCUAUCCAAGUCUAGAGGGGAGCAGGUGAAACAGGUACGCUGGCUGGAUAUGAAGAACCAAACGCUCAUUUCAUACAUGCCAGGACAGCCGGACAGUGUAAGUGGCCAGCACCAUGUGGAGCUGGGUGAAGGCCCGAAGGACUACAGCAAGGUGCUCAUUAAACGUGUCAGCUCCCGAGAUGAAGGCUGCUACACCUGCAUCUUCGAUGUUUAUCCCACAGGGUCCAAGGAAGGACAGACAUGUAUCACGGUCACUGCCUCAGUGGUCCCUGGUGGGAAUAAGACAGUGGUCAGGGGUAAGCAGGCAUCUCUGUCCUGUCUCUACGGCCUGCCUGAGAAGGUGAAGCAGAUUCUGUGGCAGAAAGUGGCAGAACGUGGCAUGAUACAGGAAGUGGCAUCUUUUGCCAAACGCAGUGAUCCUUUGAUAGAGGAGAAAUAUGCAGACCGUGUAAGUCUCACUCACUCUCUAUCAGACUCCCAGCUCACCUUUUAUCCUGUGAAGACAGAGGAUGAGGGCUGCUACACCUGCCAGUUCCACACCUAUCCAGAGGGCAUCAAGACCGGCAUCUCUUGCCUCACCGUGUUCGUUCUCCCCAAACCUCAGGUAAGCUACAAAACCACAUCUCCAGGUGUGAUAGAGGCGAACUGCACUGCUGUGGCUCGCCCCAAAGCCGAGAUCGUGUGGAACGUGGAGGGGGAUAACAGGACGCUGGGAGCCCCGGUGUCCACCGUCACACAGCAGGAUGACGGGACGACACUGGUCAUCAGCACACUGAUGGUACAGGCCAGCCUGCUGAAGGACAUAUCCGUCAAAUGUCUUGUACACCACAAAGGCCUGGAGUCGGCCAUCGCCGUGUCGAUGAACACAAAGAUUGGAACAGCUCUGGCCAUCCUGAUCUCGGUGACUGCGGUGGCCUUCCUGCUGAUCAUCUGCAUGUGUAUCUGCCUGUGGAAGUGUGUUCUGCGCAGUAAUGAGAGAAGAGACCCAAAAGACUGAAGAUCAGAUAAUAUACAUCAGAUGCAUCUACGGACAGAUUCCAGAAUAAAGCACCUCGGAACCGCUAAAGGAGAAAGAUGAUGGGUUUCCGCUCUAAAUCAGGAUAUGGAUCACUAUGGACUGGACAGACACAGGUCUGCGCUCACCUGGAGGGGCGUGACCACAGCGGUGAAGCCGGGGGGCAGCAGUGCCAUCCCAAAAUCACACAUCUGACAGGUUAAUUACUCACAUAAAUUAUCAACCUCGCAGUUAUAAAGUUUUCAUAUCCAUAUUGUGAAGUUUCCCAUGUGAUGUUUUCAUUUAAUAUCAGCUGUUUUAAAACUUGUGCUGUUUUUUCCACUACACACUGAGGUACAUCAUGUCACACUAACAAAUCUGUCUUUCCACAUUUUUUGUAUCAUUUCCAAAUCAUACUGUUACUGAAAUAACUCUGAUCUCCACCGCUGGUUAAAAAAAAAAGUCAGGCGAAGCCCAUUAUUGAUCAUAACGGACUGCAUUGGGGAAUAAAAAAACUUUUUUUGCAAAUAUUUCAGUUUAGAAUAAAUUCCAACCAGCUUUAUGCUAAUGUUAGCUAAUAUUCAGUAAAACUUAUUCUAUGCAAUUUUUAUCCAAUAAACGAAAUUUCAACACAAACAUUUUCAAGAACAAAUGUCUCUCAAGACAUGAACACACCUGCAGUCAAACGUUGUUUGAUUUUAUUGAUCAGGGCUGAAGACAGAACCAAAACAAGGUGUGUUUUUUGUGGGCGGCGCUAAAACAGGGCAGCUCAUUGAUUGGUCAAGCACAACGAUGAUUCAUCAUCAUGAUAACGUCUGCGUAGUGUAGUGAACAUCUGCUGAAACAUUUCUGAAGGCUUUAAUAGAAAACAAGACAAUUGUGUCUUAAGAUUCAGGUUUAUUUAGUUAUUUACACUCAUCUCUGAUAAAAAUCCACCUUUUUAAGUAAUAUAUUGUUUAUUAUGUAAUAUGAAAGCAGAUCCCUGCUCACUACAUAGCACAUAACGAUUUAGUCUAUUAUUCUGUUUUUAAUCCAUUCAACUUUUUUGGAAAAUGCUUAAUGUGUCCUAAAAGAUAACAAUUUAUUAGCUCUGAUUGCAACAUAAAUUUUCCUGACCAAAAGCCUGGAAAAAAACAGAAAUAGAACAUGCAGUUUUAUUCAUUAUAAUUAAUGUUUUAAUUUAACAAAAAAGUUUUUACACACAACGUUUAACAGCACGUCCAGAAUAGCACUUGAUCCAGCAUAGUGUGUUUAUAUUACAUUGAUUUGGAGUCAUGUAUAAAGCUACAAGAUAUUAAAUCGGGGUCAUGAAAUCGGAAGGUGUGAAGGAUAACUUUAUGACACUUAUUUGCAUAGACUCCGCCCACAUCAGUUUAACCCUUGGGUAACUCCUAAACAGGGACAUCUGAAGUUUAAAUUCAGAUUGGAGUUAAGGGCCUUACUCAGGGGCCCAGCAGAAGCAGCUUGAUGGUCCUGGGAUUUGAACUCACAACUUUCUGAUCACUCACCAAUUUAAUGAUAAACUUUUUUUUUCCUCUUUCAAGUAAUGAAAAAAAACAUAUAAAAUAUAUAUAUUUAAUAUCACACAUUUUUAUCACCUCAAAUAUUACACAAAUCCUUCAUUAAAAUCUAAUACGUUUAUAUCAUGUGUAUGUAUCUGUAGGUACUUUAUUUAAAAAGUGUUAGGGAAUAUUCUUAACGCAACACGUUUUUCUGCAUUUUAUUUUGAUCUCGUCAUCAGAGUUCAGCAUUAUUUAUUCCAAAUUUUUGCGACAGACAUUUUCAAGUUAAGCUGCUUUUAAUUCGUAGAUACACCAAGAGUAAAUGUUUGAUGGAUAUGUGAGUGGAAAUGUUUAAUAAGAUAAUUAAUUGUCUGAUUUCUGAAGGAAUGAUGGAUGAUGGUUACUGUAUGUUUUACCACAUAUUAAAUUUAUUAUUAAAGUUACAUAUUCAA